AUGGCUUCCUCGAGUGCUUCGUCGUCUUCAACGGCAAUGGACUCGAACCCUGAGCGGACACCGUUACUUCACGACGCCGACCGGCCGAGGCCUGCUCGCACAGUGACCUUCAACCCGAACCCCGUGUCGAGCACGUACUUCCCCGAGCCCGCGUCUUUGAGCUCGUCACCAAGCAGCGUGCUCGGCACGAUACAGCCGGUCAAUGCAUUGACUCCAGUCAGGACGACGGGCUCGAUACCGAACCCUCCAGGACCUGCCGCGCAUCAUUCCACGAUAUCAGCCAUGACCAACCGUCUACGGCGCCGCAAUUCUCACGGUGGUACCUUUACCUCACUACCUGCGCCGCUGGGUCCCAUACCAAAAUUGGGACCACAGAGAUCGAGUAAAACUGCACAAAAGCUCAAGCUCUUGCCAAAUCCCGAUCUCGGUGAAGCUGUCGCGGAUGAAGAAAGCGGCAGAGAUGUCUAUAGCCAGUAUACCAGAAUCCAAGACCCGGUUGCAAGAAGGGACGCUGCGCGUCUAGGCAAAGCAGACCGCGACCGACUGCCCAGAGUAACAGCGUACUGUACGGCCAAUAACUAUCAAAUGGAAGGCCUUCUGCGAUUCCUCAAAGGUCGUGGAAAGACCAGGGGCGCCAAUCCAAAGCUCAUCGACGAAUGCAUAUACACUCCGUACAACUACAGUACCGGAAAAGGUGCCGAACGCGCCGAGGCAGUGGAUGAGCGAAUCAGGAGGGAACGCGAAGAGCAGGAACAGAGGGAAAGACAAGCACAACAAAAUUCCGCAACGAGGCCCAUGCCGAGUUAUGAGAGGCGGCAUUCGACGGGUCAGUUGAUUGAUGUGAAUGAUGGCACUACCACCCCAGGAAUUGACGACUCCUUCAAUGGUGGUCGGGACUCACAUAGCAAUCUUUCCUACCCAUCGCAUCUCGAGGAAACACAUGAUCCGUCAGAGGGUCACCACCAGGCCGACUUCGACACAACAGUUCAUGUCCCAGAAGUUUUUCUGUUUGAAUAUGGCGUCGUGGUGAUAUGGGGAAUGUCCCUCGCACACGAGCAGAGAUUCCUGAAGGACAUUGCCAAGUUUGAGCUUGAAAAACUGGAUAUAGACGAUGUCGAGACGGAAUGCUUCAACUUCUACUACACGCAAGAGUACCAAGCACGGAUAUACAAUGAUUUUAUCACGCUUCGGGAUAAGAAUAACUACAUGAUCAAGUUGGCGAUAAGUCAUGCAUUGGCACAAAGCGUCAAGACUUCCUUGUUUGAAGAGCUCAUUGCUAGCACCAUUGACACCUGCAAAGAUAUUCCGACACAGAUUGCAUUGACUGGCAAAAUUGCACUAUCCCGUAAUCAGAUCAAUAUGCAGAUUGGCGAACUCUUCAUACUACGAAUCAACAUUCAUCUAAAUGGCUCUGUGCUCGACACGCCCGAGCUUUUCUGGGUAGAACCUGCUUUGGAACCAGUGUACCAAGCUGUACGAUCCUACUUGGAGAUGGAUCAGAGAGUUGGGCUUCUUACCGAAAGACUUGAUGUCAUUGCGGAUCUCCUGGCUGUACUCAAGGAUCAGCUAAGUCAUGGCCAUGGAGAAAAGUUGGAGUGGAUCGUCAUUGUGCUCAUUGCAGCAGAGAUUUUGGUGGCGGCAGUCAACAUUGUUGUCGAUCUGUAUGCUGGAGUGGACUAG